AUGGCCGUCAUAUUUUUCCUAUAAAAAGUGACAGCAUAUAACUGGCCAAACUUAAUAUGUAUCAGCAUUUCAAGUCAUGAUUUAGCAUAAUAUAGUAUCUUUAAAAACUGGAUAAUUUACGCAUGUAGAAUUCGUCGUUAAUUACUUUGUACUAUUAAAUGAUAUGAAAACGGAUGUUUUGAAAUAGACAGUUGGAAGAAAAGUCACUUUAGUACAAUAUUAAAGAAGUUUAUGAAAAAUGAGUCAGAAUUAUCAACGGCAGGAUAGCUGUGGGAACAAUAAUGUGUCGAUUUCGGAUUUAAUCGGCAAAAAACGUGACGGUCUUUCGUUACGAGAAGAGGAAAUUGAAUAUUUUGUCCGAGGUGUGGUCGAGGGAACAAUACAGGAGGCUCAAAUAGGUGCUAUGCUUAUGGCAAUGUUCAUCCGAAGUCUUGACAACGAGGAAACCACUAACCUUACUAGAGCUAUGACACAUUCUGGGGAUGUUCUCAGGUGGCCUGAUGAGUGGAAGGGUUCUGUUGUUGACAAACACAGCACAGGUGGUGUUGGUGAUAAAGUGAGCUUAGUGCUUGCACCUGCCUUGGCGGCGUGUGGUGUUAAGGUACCAAUGGUAUCGGGAAGAGGCCUUGGCCACACUGGUGGCACUCUAGACAAACUUGAGUCGAUCCCUGGUUUUAAUGUAUCAUUAUCGCAUGAAGCUAUGUUGCAAGUAAUGAAGAACGUAGGAUGUUGUAUCGUAGGUCAAACCAGCAACCUUGUUCCAGCAGACAAAAUUCUCUACGCGACUCGUGACGUCACCUCCACAACAGAAAACAUCGGCCUUAUCACAUCAUCAAUCAUCUCAAAGAAAGUUGCUGAAUCUCUAGAUGCUUUAGUUCUUGAUGUAAAAAUUGGGAAAGGCGCAUUCCUAAAAGAUGAACAAAGCGCUCGAGAACUUGCCACUAGAAUGGUGAAAGCAGGAAAUGGAUCGGGUGUAAAAACUGUGGCUUUGCUAACAGACAUGGACUCGCCACUUGGCCACAUGGUCGGUAAUGCUUUAGAAGUAGCCGAAUCUAUACAUUGUCUCCAUGGAGACGGACCACAAGAUUUGACAGAUCUGGUGAUACGUUUAGGUGGCCAAUUACUGUUUAAAGCCGGUCACGCAUCGGGCCUACAAGAAGCUUAUAAUAUUAUUAACGGAACACUACAUAAUGGUACAGCCAUUGCAAAAUUUGCCGCCAUGAUGAAGGCACAAGGUGUGAAAGCAGAUCUGGCAGACAGAUUAUGUGAAAAGGGGGUUGACGUUUUUGAAAUAUUGCCAAGGGCAAAACAUUCAACACAAAUCAAAUCUGAAAUGUCAGGUUAUGUCCAUGAUAUUGACGCCAUGAAGUGUGCAGUGGUAACAGGAAAAUUAGGCGCCGGAAGAACAAAGGCUGGCGAGGCUAUAAGUUUUGGUGUUGGUUUACAUCUGUCCACACAUGUUGGAAAACACGUUGAAAAGGACACCACAUGGAUGACAGUAUACCAUAAUGAAGAGAAGUUACCAGAUAUGUUCGUCUCCAUGCUUGAAGAUGCGCUCAAUGUCAGACCAGAACCAGUUAAAACCGCCCAUAAAGGAACAAGGGUUGUUGAUGUGAUCACGUGAUAAACAUACUGCGCUGAUCCUUUCAUUUGCAGCUGAACCUUUGUGUGUUUCAUUGCUUAUGCAGAAGUUGCUUUGAUUUUUUUCAAUUGGGAAUCUCAAAAGAGUCGUUUCAAUCGCUCCGGUUUUGUGUACGUCUAACCAUGUACAAAAAGUCAGUAGUUGCAUGGCUUUUAAACUGCGUUUCAAAAGUUUGUAUAUGUAUAGGUGCGUUUCAAACAUUUUAUACGUCUGCAAUUAUCAUAAGAGAUGAGAUUUUGCCACCAUCCUAAUGGAUUUCAAUGAAAAUAUACCAAAAUUGAAAUUCCAGUGGUUGAAACAAUGAAUUAACGUCUAAAGAGACUCAUACAAUAUAAAAUAUUUUCGUUAAUUUUAGUAAAACACUGUACAAAGUACAGAUAGUUAUCACAGUAAUUUUAUAUAUAACUUAAAACGUUUCUUUGCAAACUUGUGUUUCAUAUGACAUAGAUAAACGCCUAUAGACUUUACAGAAAACAUGCAUCAAUACCUAGUCCUCUUGUCUGGUAUCAUAGGUACUGAAGUAUCAUAUGGUAUUUUCACAAAAAAAAUUGCUGCAUUUUUAAUCGACUGUGGUCAGAUGUUUUCAAAAGAUCUAAGAUGUUGUUACAUUUAUAAUGCACCAUACAUAGUUGGGGUUUUCAUAACACCUUUUCAAACAUAUUGUAAAUUCAAUGUUUUCAGAAAACAACGAAGAAGUUAUAACAAAGCUCCAAAUGAUUUUUAUUCUUUAUGUGCCUACACAUUUACAGGUUUUAUUAGUAUUAUGACGAUUGCCCCCAAAAAGGAAAACAUCGGUCACAGAAGAUGAAAAAAUACUUUUAAUCAGAUGUUCUGUUAGUGUCAGUGCGUAUAUGUUUCACGUAAUAUAUGAGAUGGCAAAGUUGCAUAGGUACACAGUUAUUGAAACGCACCUUUAUAGAAUUUUAUUUAUUGAACAACACAUUUGAACUAUGUAUACAUUAUGCUUUUAUAUACCGGUAAUUGUGUUCUUGUUUCGUGGUUCAUUUUUAUACGUACGUUUGAAAAACUGGACGUGCUAUGGGGACGCCCCUGGCGGGCGGCGUCCACAGACUUUGUCCGGAGCAUAUCUUCUUCAUGCAUGGAGGGAUUUUGAUGUAACUUCGCACAAUCUUUCACCAUCAUGAGACGGAAUGUCAUGCGCAAGAACCAGGUCCCUAGAUCUAAGGUCAAGGUCACACUUAGAGGUCAAACGAUACAAGAAUGAAAACUUUGUCCGGAGCAUUUUUUCUUCAUGCAUGGAGGGAUUUUGAUGUAACAUGGCACAAAUGUUCAACACCAUAAGGUGGAGUGUCACGCGCAAGAACCAGGUCCCUAGGUCUAAAGUCAAGGUCACACUUAGAGGCCAAAGGUCAGAUACAAGAAUGACUUUGUCCGGAGCAUUUCUUCUUCAUGCAUGGAGGGAUUUUGAUGUAACUUGGCACAUUGUACCAUCAUGAGACGGAGUGGUUGUAGGAAAAAAAUCGAGACCACUUUUCUAUAGUACAACAUGUUACAUCCAAUUUCGAGGUGUAUUUUGACCUAUCUCUACCUGGUAAGGAUUUUUGUGUGGACUUUUUUUAAGAUUAACUUCCAUUAGUUGUAACUAUAAAUAACUUAUAUUGUAACUUUUUUAUAACUGACCGUAGGGAAAAACUAAGACCACUUUUUUGUGGUACAACAUAUAUGUUACUUUCAAAUUUUAGGUGUAUUUUAAGGUAUCUCUACCUGGUAAGGAGUUGUUUUUUGUUGUUUUUUUGCGGACUAAGAAAAACAAAAGAAUUACAAUAAUUAUUACACAACCACAAAAUUAAAAUUCCAUUUGAAAUACAGGUGCUAGUGUAAAGAAAUUUGCUAUGACGGGCGUAUAUUGUGACAUUCUGGUACUAUUGUUUAAAGAUAGAAUUAUAGAAUAUUUUCUAUUAAUAUGAAAAUUGCAACGAGAUACAUUUUAUCAUCAUAUGAACUAGAAAAUAAAUUAAUACUGUGAUUUCUGAUUAGCAUUGCUUUAUGAAUAAAAUGUAUUAUACUAAUUUACAAGAGAUUCCUGUAAAAUGUUGUUAAGUUUAAUAUUUAUGUAUAUAUUGUUAUUGUUUGUUUAUCUUAUUCUUUCAGAUUGAUUUUUCUUAUGGCAGCUUUAGUGACCUAUAUUUAAUUGUACAAAUUUAGGUAUUUGAUUUGUAAAUACAAUGAUUGUUCAAAAUAAUGUAUACAUGCAAAUAACAUAUAAUGGACUCGUGAAGAUAAUGAAAAUGCAUUUGUUAUUCCAUAAUGUUGGUGUGCCUUAUAUUUUUAUCUAGGAACAAAAACAUUACAGAUGAAUCCAAAAAUGAAAUUAUCAAAAUAGGAAUUAAAUAAAGGUGCCUAGUAAGAAGAAAAAGUGAGGCUCAGGCAAUGAUACGAAACAAGAGUAUUUAUAACCCUUACAGCCAUUCAUCUGUGAUGAGAGGCAAUAUAUAUCUUUCUAGCAAUGCAUAGUACACAGACCAACGAUAAUAGUAUAAUAACUAAACUGACUUUUCUUUCUAAAGAUAAACACUUGCCAAUUUCGACAAUUUUCAAGUUGCUAAUAAAAUAACUGUUUUCACUUGCUGUGAUUUCCGUUCUUAAUGAAGUGUUCUGUUGAAAUUGUUUUGAGGCUGUAAUAUGGGCUUCCUUAUUGCGUAAGCAAUUGCUUGAUUAGGUCAAAUGUAUCAUUUGUCAAACUUUAACAUAUCUACAGGAAUUUUCAUACAAACUGUUUGCCAUGUCUUUACAUUUUAUGUCAUGUUUUAUAUAGUUGUACAGUGUAAAUAGAAACAACGUCAUGAUAAAAGACAAUUGAGAUUUUUUUUCAUACGUUGCCACGUGUAAAUCUUUAAAAUCCGGUGUUUACGAAUGAAAGAUAUAUUGAUCUUAUAUCUAGAACAGACAUAUUUUCUUUUUAUUUUGUCUUUUCAAGAUUCUAUCCACAUUUUGCCCAUCUUGCCCACGCACUGUGAAAUUUGACUGUUUUAUUUUCAUAAUUCACCACGAAACACGUAAUAUAUUAUUGUUUUGGGCAAAUAUUACCAGACAAAAAUAAAUAAAUUAGGAACAUCUUCAUAAGUCAAUUCAAAGACUGUUUGCUACUUAUUUUGGGACUGGUCUCCUUUAUAGCAUGGAAUACCGGAGAUGAGAUUUUUCAAUUCAUUCGUGAGUAACACGAUUUUAGCUUUUGUCAUGGCGUUGCUCAUUUUGCUAUUAAAUUUCAAAAUGCAUGUCGUUCACGAGUUAUAUCGUGUAGACUUGCAAAUAUUCCAUUCUAAAGACUGAGUGAUAAAUAUCUUAGUGAUACAAUGUUGCAUAUUGAAUAUGCAAAAUAAAAAUAUCGAUUAAUCAAUCUGAUAUUGUUCCUUCGAAUAAAACUUAUUUUUGUAAUGGAAUAACAAGGAACAGAUUAUUUUAAAAACUUGAUAUAUGUGUAUAUGUUUGUCAAAAUUAUUUGUAUAAUGCUAGACUUCAAAAGGAAGACAAUGUCUCUUUUUAUGGUCUGCAAAGUUGUUUUCAAUAAAAUAAAUUGUAUUAAAAUAUAUAUUUGAAAA